CGUCACUGGUCCGAAGGCGGGGAGGGAGCCGCGGCUGCUGCUGCAGGAGGAGGAGGAGGAGGAGGGAGCGGCCCCUUGGCUCUUGCCUGCGCUUCCUUCUUCGCUCCGUCCGCCAUCGCCGCCAUGGGGGGCUCCCGCGACGACGAGUACGACUAUCUCUUCAAAGUGGUUCUCAUUGGGGACUCCGGAGUUGGCAAAAGCAACCUCCUCUCUCGCUUCACGCGUAACGAGUUCAACCUGGAAAGUAAAAGCACCAUCGGUGUAGAGUUUGCCACCCGGAGCAUCCAGGUGGACGGCAAGACCAUCAAAGCUCAGAUCUGGGACACGGCUGGGCAGGAACGAUACCGAGCCAUCACAUCUGCCUAUUACCGUGGUGCCGUGGGGGCCUUACUGGUUUACGACAUUGCCAAGCACCUCACCUACGAAAACGUGGAACGGUGGUUGAAGGAGCUGCGGGAUCACGCCGACAGCAACAUCGUCAUUAUGCUUGUGGGGAACAAAAGUGACCUCCGUCACCUGCGAGCCGUCCCAACAGACGAGGCUCGAGCCUUCGCAGAAAAGAACGGCCUGUCAUUCAUCGAAACCUCCGCUUUGGACUCUACAAACGUGGAAGCUGCUUUCCAGACCAUCCUGACUGAGAUUUAUCGCAUUGUGUCGCAGAAACAGAUGUCAGACAGACGCGAGAAUGACAUGUCUCCAAGCAACAACGUGGUCCCCAUCCAUGUUCCUCCAACCACGGAAAACAAACCAAAGAUGCAGUGUUGUCAAAAUAUAUAAGAAGUUCAACUCCUGGAAAACGGUGUAUAUUCCCCCGGAUCUGAAUGGAAGUAGAGUUUUGAGCUGACAUUACUUUUACUUUCUCUCUCUCGUUCUCUACUCUCUCUCUUCCCCCUUUUUUUCCCCCUCUCCAUCACAUUUUGCCUUUAUUUUAUUCUCCUCUCUCCGUUUCCUCGUUUUGUCACCAUUUUCUCCUUGUCUUCCACCUCAGUUCUGUGACUCAUCUCUUUUCACACGAGGCUGCAGCAUCGUUUGAAAUGCUCGCGUCCUGCAAGGCAAACCUGGUUAACCGAUCAAAGCGGAUCACCUGCCUGGCUCACCUGGGGAAGGAGCAGAGGUGGCUUCUGUCAAAGCGUCCCCAAUUCAGACACUCCCAUCAACACAGUGGCACAAUUUGGUAGCUCCCUUGUCCACUAUGGCCUCAGGGCUUAGAUACCAUCCCUUUCUUUCUCUCUCUGUCUCCCUCUCUCUCUUGGCCUUCCAACGUCCCCAGGGCCCUGCAGACUACAGCUCCCAUCAUCCCUUCUAGCCCCACCGUUGGCCCGAGAUAAUGGGAGGUGUAGAAAAAGGGCUCUGGAGAAAGCUAGGUUGAGAGAGCCAUUCGUUCAUCCGGAUGGCCUGGGCCCUCGGGUC